UGUCACCGGAUUAGGGACUGAACUCAAAGUUCAGUCCGUCCCAACACGAUGAGACGAAGACGUGUUAAUACACAUCCUGUCAACCCUUCCGAUGAAGAAGCCGAAACCGAAUCUUCAAGCUCUGUUUUAUUCGCUUCAGAAAAAAGAGUCUUUGCUGUUUGUUUGGCUUUGAGAAUUGUGAAUGCUUUGUUGAUUCAAACUUAUUUCAAUCCGGAUGAGCACUGGCAAGCCCUUGAAGUCGCCCAUCGCAUGGUUUUUGGGUAUGGUCAUUUGACAUGGGAGUGGAAGAAGGGGAUUCGAAGUUAUUUGCAUCCAAUGCUGUUUGCUCUCCUUUACAAAAUUCUUGCUCUGCUGCAUCUUGAUACUCCAUUGGUCAUGAUAAAGGCUCCACGGCUGCUGCAGUCUGUGUUUUCUGCAGUUGGUGAUCUAUACGUGUAUAAACUUUCUCAUGUCCUCUUUGGUGGUCAUGUUGCAAAAUGGGCAUUGUUUUGUCAAUUGACAAAUUGGUUCAUGUUUUACUGUUUCAACCGCACAUUAUCAAAUAGUUUGGAGACUGUUCUUACCCUUGCAGGCCUAUACUAUUGGCCUUGCAUGAGAGUUUCUGCUGGCAAAGUUCACCCUGUUUCAAGGAAGUGGGGAUUGGCAGUGGCAGCAUUAGCUUGUGCCAUUCGACCAACAAGUGCUAUUAUAUGGUUGUAUGUUGGCCUUCUUGAGUUACUUGUUACACGUGAUAGACUUAGAUUUGUUUUUCUAGAGGUGCUCCCAAUUGGGGCCGUGAUGCUUGGACUUACAUGCUUACUAGAUCGCUUGAUGUAUGGCUCCUGGAUUUUAGUGCCUCUUAAUUUUCUGAAGUUCAAUUUUCUUUCUUCUGGUGGAGAUUAUUAUGGAACUCACAAGUGGCACUGGUACUUCAGCAGUGGAUUUCCAGUCAUGAUCUUCACUUUCAUGCCAUUUUCAUUUUAUGGCAUCAUGAAAUCUAAACACUGGAAACUUUGUGGUCUUAUAGUAUGGGUUCUUGCAAUCUACAGUCUACUAGGUCAUAAGGAAUUCAGGUUUGUCCUUCCUGUGCUUCCCCUAGCUUUAAUGUUCUCUGGUUAUAAUUUAGCCAAGACGGAAAGAACUGAUAACAAAAAGAAAAGUUCUUUACAUGAUCAUUCCAAGUGGCCUACAAAAACGCAAUUUACAAUUUUCUUCUUGCUUGCUACCAAUAUUCCAAUGGCCAUGUAUAUGAGCUUGGUUCAUCAGAGAGGAGCUGAAGAUGUGAUGAACUAUCUCUCUAAAGAAGCUCAGAAUGAGAAAGUGAAAAGUGUUCUUUUCCUAAUGCCUUGUCAUGCCACACCUUACUACUCCACGCUGCAUUGCAACCUGCCCAUGCGGUUUCUGGACUGUUCACCAAGAGAAGAUAAGGAACUAGAUGAGUCGGAUCAAUUCUUGAUUGACCCUGUCGGUUUUACAUCAGAAAUUGCGAAAAAUAGGUCUCUACCAAGUCAUGUUGUCCUGUUUAGUUCAGAGGAAAAACUACUGAGGGAUCUACUCAUUUCAUAUUCUUACAAAGAGUUACAACGGUUUUUCCAUGCUCACUUCAAGGUGGACCGAGAUCUUCAGGCAUCUGUUGUUGUCUAUACUUUGACCGGCCAGUGACAGUUGAUCUGAUGCAGUAGGAUUUUGUUAUCUAAUCUUGAGACUUGCUGACCAAAUUAUUUUUGAAUUCUAAGCUGAUUGUUGAGUUGUAUUUGUUACUCUUAAAUGCUAAAUGUAAAUUUGUUUUUCUACUUUUAAAUUUCCUCUUUAUUUUGUUGAUAAGCUUAUACUAAAUUUGUUAUUCCCAUUUGAAGUCCAUAAAAAAUUCUAUGUUAUACCA